AGCAACCGUCAAACCAAUCUGUAAAUUGCGAAGAACAAGCGAAAAAAACCUACGAAAUGGCGCAAGCCGCGAGGCUAAAUCUGCGAAUGCAAAAGGAACUAAAACUUCUCCUCAGCGAUCCGCCUCCUGGCUGCUCCUUUCCGUUUCUCUCCGUCGACUCUGACCUCACCUCGCUAUCCACCAUUCAUGCCCAUAUUGAAGGUCCUCAAGGAACCGUAUAUGCUAAAGGGGUUUUUGAAAUCAAAAUUCAAAUUCCUGAAAGGUAUCCGUUUCAGCCUCCGUGUGUGACGUUUGCUACGCCUAUUUACCAUCCUAACAUUGACAAUGGUGGCCGAAUUUGCCUUGAUAUUCUCAAUCUUCCUCCAAAGGGGGCAUGGCAGCCAUCCCUGAACAUCUCAACUGUGCUCACUAGCAUAGGGUUGUUACUGAGUGAACCAAAUCCCGAUGAUGGGCUUAUGUGUGAAGCAAGCAGGGAAUACAAAUAUAACAGACGGGCUUUUGACCAAAAAGCACAAUUAAUGACUGAGAAGUAUGCAAGGGCAGGAGCGACGGGGCAUAAGUGCGGUACUGAAGGCAUUCAAACACAAUUGAAUUCAAGUGUGGCUGAAUUUAGAGGAUUAGAAGAGUCAAGGCUCGAAGUCAAUGAAUUAGUUUCAACUCAUAACGAUCCGUAUAGCAUCAGUUGGAAGUUGUCGCUGGAGUCUUCAAGCUCAGGCCAAAUUAGGGACAAUGAUGUUGAGUUGAAUGAGAUAGGCGCUGAAGGAAAAAGGAAGGAUAUAAGUUUCACUCUUGAUGACUGUAAUUUGAGACAUGAGAGACUAUGUGGAACCAGGCGGAAGCUAUCUCUGGAAUCCUCUUGUCAGAUUCUGAAGCAAGACGGUUGUGUCAUGGAGAAUGUAUUGCAAAAUCAAUCUCCUCUGUGCAGUCCUCAAACCGUUUCUGCAACUGCUUCAGGGUCAUCUUUGCUGCAGCCCAGCAACUUUAGUCAGGAAAAACCUCAUCAUCAUAGAAACAGUGAAUUAAAGAGUGACUGCAUAAAUACGAGCUCGAAGCAUUUGUGCAAGAUUGACCAAGAAAGGACAUUGAGAUCUUUGGAAACAUUCCAACCAGAUCAUAAUAAUGAGAAAAUUCUUAUCCAGCCACAGGUAUUACCCUCCCAAUCACAGCCUAUAGCAUUACAGCCUAGUAAGGAUGUUACCGAUGCUAUGGGAAAUAGCUCUACUAAGGUGAACUACAAGAAGAUAUCUUCAUUUGGCAAGAGGCUUUCUUUGGGGUUCAAGGGGCCAUCACAAGGACCUGAAAAGGAUAAUGAGGAGAAUGCGGCUCCACCUCGGAAACAACCUCUUUUAAGUCCUCACUGCUCUUCUACUAAGAGUGGAAUUGGUAGAAAAUUGUCUCUUGGUCCUCUGACCCUGUUGCAAGAUAGGAAUGAUAAUAACAGCUGCUUACUCUCACUCAAGGACAACCUCUCCACAGAUAAAUCUAAGUUCUUGUCCUCGAGAAAGGAAAAAGAGAUGCAAAAAGAUCAAGAUCAUGGGGAGACUCAGCAACAGAAAACAGUGGAACCACCAGUAUCUGAAGUGCUUGUUGUGCUAGAUAGUGAAGACAGUGAGGAGGAGAGGGAUGGUGUUUUGAGGUCCAAGCUGCUAGGGCGAAAACGCAUGGGGAAGUACAGAGUAAAUAUGUGAUUGCUUCUUAACUGACCAUCAACAUGUGUGUUGUCAUUUGGCUAGUUGAUUGGACUGCACUUUACAGCGCAUUCAAUGGCGCUUUUCAUUUUGGAGAUAACGUGGAAACAACAAUAGAAAUCGCUGUUACACCGACAGUUGUCUGCCUGGUGAUCACCAAUCACUCAAUAUGUUAAUGUUGAUACAGGGAAAUUAAGCUUUGAUCCCUUUUGAUCAAA